AGAAGAUCGACAAGCUCACAGCACAACUUCAGGAAAAAGAAGAUGUGGUUGAUCUUGGAACGGAGUUAAAGCCUCAUUCAAAGAUGGUAUGCGGUUCCAUUAUUGGAUUUGGAGCCUUAAGAUAUACUAUUGAGCUCUUUAGAUAAAUGGUUGAAGAGGCAUUCUUGUGAGCAAGUUAUAUAUUUUGAAGACUUUGUUAUGUUGCAAUGUGGCUUGUUGAGCCACCAGUAGUUUUUUUUUUUGAUAAGAAUGUCAUUGUGAUGUACCAAGUGAACCACCCAAAUACAAAUGAGGAUCAGGAAAAAGGUCUGUUUCCUCUCUACAUCAACCACUCAAAAGUCUUCCCAGAAUACAAAAUUGAUUCAUGGAGGUUCAUCACCUUCCAGGAAGUCUAGUUUUCAAUAAGCUGUUCUUCAACUGUAAUUAUGAUUGCCCUCACUCCAAGUGGUCCAUACCAAAGCGUGAGGAAUCAAGAACCAAUCUAUUCUUCAACUUGCUAUCUUGGGUUCCUUUCCAAGCCAAGAGAGAUUACAAUUCAAACAUAAAUUGAUGCAGGAUGAAAACCAGUAAUGUUUAGGCAGUGGACAUGUAAUCAAGAACUCUUCUUAGUAACAGUAAUUUACAAUUUGUCUGCUUCUAACAAGAUGUUCUACGUCUACCUUGGAUAUGUUCUGGGGAAUGGUCAUAAGGUGAGUUUGGAGCUAUUAUGUGUGUGGAAGAACUUAAUUAUAAAUUCCCUUCUUUUUAGUGUUUUGGUAUGCAGGGGCUCCACUGGAUUUUUAUCAUUGGAAAGAGGGAAAUCAAGUUUUUUCUGACAUUAUGUGUGUGUAAUAGCAAGAACAGUGAUUAGGAUGUUAGGGAAGAGGUGAAUUUUCAGAUGAACAUUGGGAAAUUUCUGCUCAUGGACAGAUCAGUGAAGCUGAGACAGUAUCCUUAGGUCAACAGAGAAAGAUAGAAGAGCUUGAAGCACAACUUCAGGAAGCUGAGGAUAUUGUUAGCAACCUCAGAGAAGAGUUGAGAGAAGAGCAAGCUGUAGUGGAGAGGGAGAGAAAUGGCAAGCUACAGCACAUGGAUGAACAUCAUGUUGCUAGUGAGGAACAAACAUCAAAUGAGAAGAGAUCGGAUACUUCUCAGUCUAUUCCAUCCCUGCCCCCUAUGCAACUUGAAUCUUUCUCAAAUUUGGACAUGAAGAAUUCAAGUCUCAAUCAAAUUAGUGAGGUCUAUAAGUCCUGCAAUGAAAAAGAUUACUGUAUAGGGAAUUCCUGUAUUGGUCAACUCAAUAUGUCCUCUACCUCAGUGGAGAACAAACUGAAAACAUUUCAGUCCAUUAUAUUCCCUCCUCAAGAACCAUGCCCUGAAUCGUGCAAGGCUUCUGACAUGAAGAAUUCAGCUUCCAGCCAAAGAAACGAUGCCUAUAAAUGCUAUAGUGAAAAAUAUUUUGUUACGGGAAAUUCCUAUGUUAGUCAGCCUAAUCUUCCCUCUGAAGUACACAAAAGCAAGGAGCCGGAACCCUAUAGAAAUCGUCGCACUCAAAGAAUUCGUGCAUUUGAAGAGAAACUGAAUGCUGGAGAAUUGUCCUUUUCUGAUGAUGUAAAUUAUGAAAUGAGUGCAAGAAAAGAUGGAGGAGGUGAACGGAUCCGUAAAGCACGUACUCGUACGACAGAGAAGAAAGCUGGAGUGCAGGCAGAUGGUAAUUGCAAUGAAGUAAAGGAAAUUAAGCCUCGCAGAUGGAGACGUAGGAAGAGGAAAACAGCCUCGAAGACAAAAAAGAAUCAAACUUCUCAUGUAUCUUCUACAGGGGCAGAUUCAGUCAAAGAGAAUGCUCAAUAUGAUGCAGACCCUUCAAAAAUAGUCCCAGCAUUAUCAGCAGAUACAGAUGACAAUGGUGCACCUUCGCAUCUCAGAAAUGUUACUGAAAGUAAUGCUGACUUUGUGAAAGCAGGAGUGCAGGCAGAUGGUAAUUACGAUGAAGUAAAGGAAGUUAAGCCUCCCAGAUGGAGACGUAGGAAGAGGAAAACAGCCUUGAAGACAAAAAGGAAUCAAACUUCUCAUGUAUCUUCUACAGGGGCAGAUUCAGUCAAAGAGAAUGCUCAAUAUGAUGCAGACCCUUCAAAAAUAGUCCCAGCAUUAUCAGCAGAUACAGACAACAAUGGUGCACCUUCGCAUCUCAGAAAUGUUACUGAAGGUAAUGCCGACUUUGUGAAAGCAGGAGUGCAGGCAGAUGGUAAUUACGAUGAAGUAAAGGAAGUUAAGCCUAUAAGAUGGAGACGUAGGAAGAGGAAAACAGCCUUGAAGACAAAAAGGAAUCAAACUUCUCAUGUAUCUUCUACAGGGGCAGAUUCAGUCAAAGAGAAUGCUCAAUAUGAUGCAGACCCUUCAAAAAUAGUCCCAGCAUUAUCAGCAGAUACAGAUGACAAUGGUGCACCUUCGCAUCUCAGAAAUGUUACUGAAAGUAUUGCUGACUUUGUGAAAGCUGUUAGUGCUGAGAACACAAUGAACAAAUAUAAGGUAUCUGCAGAUAAAUUGUUGUUGACAGGACAGGAGUGUAGAUCUACAGAUGAUUCAAGAGUUCCAGUUUGUAGAAUGGAUGUUAAAGAAGUUGACGUGCCAUUGGUUAAUUCACAGGAAAAAACAUCUGGCACAAGUACCAGACUUCUUAAUUAUCCUUCAGCUGAUAGGGUUUUCAAGUACACAUUCCAAAGGAAACGAAAGAGAGAGGCUCUGAGUAGCUCUGAUGGGAAUACCUCUGUUGAAAAUAGCAUUUUGAACAAAAAGGCAGCGGAGAAACAAAAUCAUCCUAUGGAGACAGAGAAGUCUAGCUCUACAAUUGAGUCAUCUCGAGACAAGAGGCGUCUAGCCCAGGUUGCCCGUCAGCUUUUAUCUUUGUCGGAUAGAUUCUGGCAGUAAAUCUGUUUGCCCAACUCGACAAAUUUGGUGAGGGUGGUGCUUAUCUUGAUGGCAAUGCAAACCCGACCUCAAUAUGAAGAUUGUAUUUCAUCAAGGUAUCCUGCUGAGCUGCCUGCUGGUUCAUGAAAAUGUAAAUCCUCAAGUUACUAAUUUAUGGCUAAAUUACCUAAUAAACAGAUGUCGUAUUUCCGAGAUGUUUCUAGUUUCAUAGUACCAUAGAAUACCGUAAGUUCUGCGUUUGCUUCUUUAUGGUGGUGUAAUCGUCGUCAACUCAACUUAAGUUAUAAAGCAUUUUGGAUGUUGAGAAUA